AUGGUAAGUGCAACAAUAUAUUCGAACUGUUUACUUUCACGUCCAUCCGAUUGGCAAGAAAAUGAUUAUAUGGUUGGUCCCAUUUUCGAAAAAGGACAACACAAUUUUGAACCGUCGGUACCUCUUCUUAACUUUUUGAACAAAUGGAAAAGCGAAAAGAUCAUCUAUGUUGGUCUUGGAUCAAUGAUGGGUGCCAUGUUUGGAAAAGAUGAACAAAUAGAAUUUCUAAAUAAUAUUCGAUUGGCUAUUGGAAACAAUAAUUGUAAAGCAGUUAUAUCAUUAGUUGGCUUUCAACAGACACACACGAAUCAGUUCGUCAAUACUGAUCAUAUAUUAUAUUUAACACAAAACAUUCCACAUGACUGGUUAUUUUCAAAUAUGUCGGCAGCAAUUCAUCAUGGUGGUGCUGGUACCACACAUGCAAGCCUUCGAUAUGGCUUACCUACAUUAAUAUUACCUUUCGCAGCUGAUCAACCUUUUAACGGUGAUCGAGUAUUUAUCAAUAAGUUAGGACCAAGACCUAUUCCCAUACGUCAGACCAAUGUGAAAAAUUUGACCAAAGCAAUUCGUGAUCUUAUCAGCGAUAACUAUACCACGUAUGAAAUGAAUGCGAAAAAGAUUGGUGAAUUGAUGAGAAACGAAGAUGGACUUGAUCAUUGUAUUCGUCUAAUUGAAGCAGAACUGGUAGCAUGA